GAGUACCGACUUCCGGCACCGCUCAGUUCUUGUUGUAUUUGUGUUGCGACUAGGAGACCAAGGCCCUUCUCCGUUCAAGGUUACGCCUCCUUAUAGGAUAUGCCCGUGUCCUAUUUAGUUUUAUCGUGAAUUAAGACGGCUUCAUUAACGCUUCAAAAUGGAGCCCAUGAUGGUAGACGAAGCCACCAGACUGGGAGAUAUGGUAGACGACGGUAGAGCUGAGGCAGUCUGUGUAUUGAACACCAAACCCAAUCCAAUCAUCGAGGACUACGUUAUAUCAUCCAAUGUUCUUGGCCUGGGCAUCAACGGCAAGGUCGUAGAGUGUUUUAGCAAGAGAGACGAACGGAAAUAUGCUCUUAAGGUUCUGCGAGAUUGUCCCAAGGCUAGGCGUGAAGUUGAUCUCCAUUGUCGAGCCUCUUCCUGUCCUCAUGUUGUAUGCAUUAUUGAUGUUUACGAAAAUGUUUACCACAACCAGAAGUGUUUAUUGGUAGUUAUGGAAUGCAUGGAAGGUGGAGAGCUAUUUCAGCGUAUCCAGGAUCGAGCAGAUGGUGCUUUUACAGAACGAGAGGCUGCUGCUAUAAUGAGAGAAAUCUGUGUUGCAGUACAACACCUACAUCUACUCAAUAUAGCCCAUAGGGACCUUAAGCCUGAAAAUCUUCUUUAUACAAAAAUGGGAGAAGAGGCUUCUCUCAAACUCACAGAUUUUGGAUUUGCAAAGGAGACCUUCUCAAAAGAAUCAUUGCAAACUCCAUGCUAUACUCCAUAUUAUGUUGCUCCUGAGGUGCUAGGUCCUGAAAAGUAUGACAAAAGCUGUGAUAUAUGGUCACUAGGAGUUAUCAUGUACAUAUUAUUAUGUGGGUUCCCACCAUUCUAUAGCAACCAUGGACAUGCAAUAUCGCCAGGGAUGAAGAAACGUAUUCGAACUGGUCAGUAUACCUUUCCCAAUCCAGAAUGGGCAAAUGUUAGCCAUGAUGCCAAGGAAUUAAUUAAGGGAAUGCUUCGUACUGACCCAGAAGAAAGGAUGACAAUUUUUGAUGUCAUGAAAAAUAAAUGGAUUGUGCAAUAUACUGAGGUGCCACAGACUCCCCUCCACACCUCAAGAAUCCUACGUGAAGAAGGUGACCUGUGGCAAGAGGUUCAGGAUGAAAUGACUCGCUCUCUGGCUACAAUGCGUGUGGAUUACGAUACACUGCAGAUAAAAACCCUUGACAAUGCCAACAACACAUUGUUAAGCAAGCGUCGCAAGAGAGCGACUGAUAACUAAACACAGAUAAUUGUCACUGAUUUCAGCUUUGCAAGUGAAAAAUUGAAGGGUUACAAGCAUAAAACAUCUGUUAUAAGUCAGACUCCAGAUUUGAUGGGCAUGAUGCCUUUUAAAAAAUGUGUAGCCUGUUUAUUACACAGGAUUGUCUUGAAAAAAGAACUUUACUUUUUUCUUUAAAAAAUGUCUACCUAGUAUCAGUAGCAUUCAAUAAACUUAGACAAUAUCAAUCAGGCUCAGACUUAUCUUUUUAGGAAUUAAAAGCAAUAACUAGGUAUUACUUUUGUAUGUGUAUUUUUCACUUUUGGUUAGGAAAAGUGGUAUGUUUCUUAUAUUUUGUAUAUUCUACACUGUACUGUACCUCAAGUAAGAUAGAUUUUAUACUGAUGCACUCUAGUAUAUCCUGUGUCAUUGAUGCUGGGGAGUGCCAAAAUUGAAAACAUAAUUUGAGUGUUGUUGUUACGUAAGUACUGCAGUGUAUGGAAAAUAUAAAAAACUAAGAACAUCAAAACCUUGGCUUUAUGCAUCUCAAAUUCUAAAAAUCUGUCUUGAAUUCUGUGAUGUGCAUUGUGUUUGUAGCCAAGCCCCUCUUAUGGGUUUGGGGAAUAGACGAGGAGCAGCCUAUAUGGAGUGUGCUUCAAAUCCAAUAGAACCACUGAAGAAUUUUAAGAAGGUAAAGCACUUAUUAGUUUGAUGGCAAUUUCACUGAAGCUUGCAUUUAAGACUGACCUGUACCUCUUUUAGAUCCUAUCUAUACUCAUUCAGAUUUUUUGUUGUUUCACAAUAUAUUCACUGCCAGAAAUGUGAUUAACAAGGAACAAGGCGUAUUCAAUGAUUUUGUUUGUGGUGUGGAAGCAUAAGAAUGUAACUUGAAAGAAGUGAGCAAAGUUUUGUGCCCUAAAAUAACUGAGUUGGAAGUAACAUAUCAUUUGGUAAAAAUAAGUAAAAUACUAUGAACAUGCCAGAUAUAUAUGCAAGUAUUUUAUGGAAAUUAUCAUCAAGUAUAAAUAACUCAAUUCCUAAAUUUAGUUGUAGAUGGAGAAACUAAUACAAGAUGCAGUAACUUCAUUUUUUAAUACUGUUGAAUGCAGAAAAAUAGCAUUAGGACUUAUGCAUUAAUUGAAUGUGCUAGCAAUAUUAAUUAUAGGUAGUAGAAUUAACUUAAGAUGUAACAAUAUUUUUUAUUAAAGGUUAUUUCUUCCCAUGCAUAACCAUGAUUUUGGUGUAAAAUUCUUGAAAUUAUUUUAUAUGUUCCAUUUUAACAUAUAUCACGUCGCCUAUUUAUUUGUAUGGGAACCUGUUGACAGUUUUCACAUUAGUGAAGGAAUAAUAAAUACAUUUUAUCUUGCAAAUGGUGAUUGCAGGUUUUGUAUAUAGAUUUGGGAAUAAAUUUUUAAAAUUUAUAUUUUGAAAUUAUGUUGAAGUAGCACAAAUACAAAGCUUCACAAGCAUUUGUUAAGUUUUGGAAUAGGACAGUGUUUUAUUAUACUGUCUUGAGAGUAAUGACAAGGUACACAAUGUACAAUUAUUAUAAUGGGCAGUCAUUAUGAAUCUAGGUUGUUUAGGUAAAAAAUCUUCUGUUGGUCUAUUUUGAUACAACUGAUAGUGUAUUCAUUUCUUAGUGUAAGUUUUCAAAUUUUUUCAUUUUGCUGUGCAAAACUACGUACUUGUUAAACGAAGAUACCUCACAGACAGAAUUAGGAACCAGUUGUACUACCUUUGUGAUUUCUUGAACCUUUUGGAAACAACCUGUUAUUAUAUUUAAAAACUUUGUAAGUUUUUUUAUUUAUGUUUCUUCUGCAAAAGCAUAGUAAUUUCAGUCUAUAAAGAUUUAUCCUUUAACUGUCUAAAGCUCAAGUGAUGUAUGCCAAGGGAUGUAGUAUAGUUGCAUUAGUAGUAGUUGUAAUAGUGUGUAGUGGGUAAUGGUGGUGGUUACAGUAGUAGUAGCACAGAAUAUCUAAGCUGUCCAAAAGUUGUAAGGUACAGGGGUGCUGGCCAUGUAGUCAGGGUUGUCAAAGGGAUCUAGUAUUUGACAUGAAAUUUAGAAUAUCGUACAUUUCUGCAUAUAAGACGACCUUUAGAUAAGACGAGGCCAAAAAUCAUGGCAAAUUUUCAUGAAUUUAUCUGAUAUCUGUAGUAUAGGACGACUUCUAAAUUACAAAUCGAAAUGUUAUUUGGAGGAAAGUGAUUAUUUGCAAAAGUUAAACAGUACAACUAUAUUAAUAAUAAUGAUAACUUAGGUAAAGGUUGUUUUGCUUGUUGUAUCCCAUAACAGUAUUACUAUUAUCAUAUCAUUACUGUAUUACAGAAUAUAAACAUUGCCAUUGUUCAUCAUUUGCAUUUGAUAUUGUUUACAUUCUCAAAAUCUCGGCUGAUUUGAGUAUUAUCGAUAUCUUCAUUACCAUUAUUUGUUAGGAGAGAUAUAAUUCGGAGAUACCUUUUAUCAUAACGAAGUUUGGUUGAAAACAUGCACAUAUUACUUCAUUGUAUAAGGAUUGAGUAGGUGUGUGAUUUCUCCAGUUCUAAACAUCACUGCCGCCUAGCCGUUAUUCAUUUUGUUCACCCUCGGCUAUAACCUGCAGCUUUAAUUUAGUAGUAUGCUUUCUUGAGAUCUCCACUGCAUGAGAAAUGAACAAAAAUGUAUUUUAUUUUUACUUAUUGAGAAUCGCCAGGGUUUAACAAUUGUAACAUAGCUCAUAGUAAACGCUCAAUAAUUAUGGUAAAUGACGUCAGCAGUCAGCUGUUUCUCAAUUCGGUUGUUUAUGCCAAGACAUGUUUACAAUAAUCGCUUCAUUCAGAAUUCUAAAAACCGGAAUUUUGUAGUGGAGGAUGGAGGAGUAUCAUUAAUAUUACAAUCGAUGAGAUUGAGAGAGAAUCGCCUUGGUCAGGUAGAAAUCCACUUGCAAAAGUUGAAUAAUAGUUGUAUUGAGAAUAAUGAUAGUUUAAAUAAUUUGCAUUCUAGGUUGGUUUACAGUCUCAGUUGAUCGCGUUUUACCAAUAUCACUGUCUUUAGUUGCUGAAUGGAACUUAAUUAAGAGAUGCAUACAUUCCUUUCGUAAGUGAUCAAAGUUGGGUUUAACAAAGCCGAGUUUAUAUGUUUUUCGUAUGGAAGGAUGUGGAAAAGGGAAACCUUUGUUUUGUUUACGUUUCGUCGCCAUUCUCAAACAACCGCUAAUAAUACUACAAUAAUGAACGAUAAUAAUUGUACACAAUCAUCUUUAUGUGCCUGAAUUGUUCAAAACAGUUACAAUUUUUAAUUACAAACAGCUUUGCGUGCUGCCUCACUUGAUGUUCGCUGCGUUUAUCAAAAAAGCAUGGAUGGAACGUGAAAAUAUAGUGUCAUAAAAUCAUUUAAAAAAUUCCUUGAACUGUACUGAAGAUGGUUUGUAUAUCGACGACAAAGCCGAAGUCGACUCGCCAGAACCAGACUGGAAUCCUUAAGAUCGUGGUACAUGUGAUCAAUCUUGUGAUAUGUAUGAGAAACCUUUAAUGAAAAAUAAAUAUUUUGUUAUCAUAAAUGUUAUUACUACUGUAAUUACUCUGCUAAUGAAAUUUCUUAAAGGCUACCGAAAGAUAAAGGUUGCUGUCAUUGCAACUGCAACUUGAUGCUUACAUUUUCUCAGCUGGGAUCACAUAGAUAAAUUCUUCUUUCAUUGAUUUUGAAUUAUUCCUCAAAUAGGCAAUUUGUUAUGAAGAUAUGCCAAUAAUAUAUGUGGUAAAAUGGUUUUAUUACCUUUACCAUUUUAUUUCAUAAAGUGAAUCUAUGUAUGUUGCUUGGUAGGCUAUAGCACUGAGGCUGAGACUAGCCUACAGAUACAUUUCUUAGAAGUCAAGGUUUGAUCUUUGGUAUUGCAGUAAAAGACGACCCCCAAUUUUUAGGAGGGAAUUUUAGGAUUUAAAGGUCGUCUUAUACAUGGGAAUAUACAGUACUCAAAAUUAACUCUGGGUCUGAUUAUGUUAUUCAUGCCCGAUAAAUAUUUUCUAAUGUGGUAUUAUAAAAAUGGUGCUGACCUCGUUUGGAGUUGGGUUCUAAUUUGGAGAUAAAUAUUGUGAUCACUUAAAGAUUCAUUAGAUAAAGAAGUAAUUUUAUACUUUUGAAAGUGUAGCACAAAUUAUGUAAACUCAUCACUUAUGAGAAAUAAGAGAAUUGCCCAACUCUUAUGCAAUUAACACUUAAUUGAAUUUGCUUACAUUGUCGGUUAUUAAAUACCCAUUGACACCACUGGUCUCCUGUAACUACUUAGUGGUAAUGAUAAUGUACAGCAUAUGUAUCUCCAACUCUUCAUUUAAGAAAUAUUUAAUAAUCAAGUGUAGUCAGUGAAGUUUUGUGUAAUUUCUAAUGUCUUUUUCCUUACGUAUUUUCUUUGUUUACAGAAGUGCCAUGAAGGUGUAUCUGUUCUCAAAGCUGCCAUUUUGAAAUUGCUUAUUAAAAAAAGUUACUUAGAAGGAUCAGUGAAGCUUAGAAUUCUCAACUAUGAUUUCAUCAAGAAAAUGAAUGAUUUAUAAAAUUAAUGAAGAAUUUUCAUAAAAUAUUUAUAUAGUAGUAUAUACUUAGGUGACUGUAAACUGUGUUGCUUGUAUUUUGUUACCAUCUAAAGGUAUUUGACAACUCGUGACAUUUUUUAUUAUGAUUAGAGGAAACCGUGAGUUUUGGACCAACACUACUUCAAGAGUCAUUAAGUUAAAUGAAUUUCCUCAAAUGUCCAUGUUCCCUGAGCUAGAGUUGUUAUUGAUCCCAGAUGGAAAGCUGCCAUGUAUCUUUAAUUGUGUAGGUUUACAUAAUUUUGCCUAUAUGAACCACCAGACCAGGCCCUCAGGACUUAUGACCUCAUUAUUCAAGUAUGGUAUUUAAUUAUAGUAAGUACUUAAAUAUAGUAAGUUGAGCUAGGCAGCUUUUAUACUGCAGGGCAUUAAACUCUUGAAGGAUGUGUAGAACAUAGAUACUGUAAUUUUUUUUUAAUUGGGAUUUUCUUAAAUUGAUUUUUUUGUCAUCUUUAGAGACAAUGAUUUUCAUCAGUUCACAUAUGACAGCUUCGAUAUUAAAGUAUCAAUCAGAGUUGAAUUUUAUUUAGUCUUGAAUUUAUGGUGUGGAAUAAAAGGAUUUGGAGAUAUGUAUUAUCUUGAAGCAUUUCUUGUUAGUUUGCCUACAUUGUCCAGCAAAUUGCAUUAUUGAUGUGGCCACAUUUCCUUUUGUGUUCCUUGUAUCAAAAUAUUAUGGUGCUUGUUUUGGUUGAAGUGUUAUGUUCGUAUAUUGUAGGUUAGGAGUAGAUUUUUUUGAGAGAGAAUUAUCUGUUGUACUUUUUUCUUGUACUCUAUAAUUUUCAUUUGUAGAUUUAGGCAACUAUUUUUCUUUCCCUGCAAGUAGAAAACUUAUCUGUUGCUAAUUCCAAAGUGAAUUCUUUCUCUGUAUUAUUUCUUUGUCAUAAUUUUUUAUUAACUCUCUCUGAAGUUCUUGUCUAGUGCAACAUGGCAGUGCUUUAGCAAUAUGUUUGGGAUAAUAAAUGCUGUAGUAGGCAUACAAUAUUUUAUAUUAAGAGUCACCUCUUAAUAUAAAGAUACAGUUUGGUUUUCUAAUGAUUUUACUAAUGCUUUUAUAAUUACCAUCUGUCAUGUGAUUUGGUUAGGCUUAGCUAUUCAUUCUGGAUGACUGUUUUCCUCUUUCCUAAGUCUCAUGUUUUGUGCCAUGUUUUUAAACUUUCAAAAAAAAAUUUCAUUAUACUGCUUCAUUUUUUAUUACACCUUUGGUUUGAAGUGAAAGCUCCUGUUGUUUUUUGAGUGUAAUAUAAACUUGUCUCCAAACAAAUCCUUGAUAGAAAUUUUGUCAGAAUCUUCAAGAUUUUCAGUUCGUCUAGCUGUUAAAUUUCUAAUGAAUUGCAGUAUAUUAAAUAAGCUUUAUUUUUUAAUUUUUUAUUAAGAAAAAACCUUGUUAGUUAGCCUUGUGAGAGUUGAGAAUGUUUACUCAGUGGUAUGGUUACACUAAUAAUAAUAAUAAUGGGAAAGUAAGUCCACAGUAGUAAGUCUGUUUGACUUUAUGUAAAAUAUAUAAAGGAGAAAGCUUUCGAUGACCUGCAUAGUCCUCCUUGUCAGUCCGAGAUUGACAAGGAGGACCAUGCUGGUCAUUGAAAGCUUUCUGCUUUAUAUAUUUUGAAGUCAAACAGAAAUACUACUGUGGAUUUACUUUCCCAUUUUAUUGAUUCAUGUGAUUAUGAGUUUCCUUUGAAUAAUAAUAAUAAUAAUAAUAAUAAUAAUAAUAAUAAUAAUAAUAAUAAUAAUAAUAAUAAUAAUAAUAAUAAUAAUAAUAAUAAUAAUGACAGCACUUGUGAAGUAAAGUCCAAGAUAUGUUUUUCAAUGGGAUUGGGUUAUUCUUUGGCAUGACUGAUAUGUAAAGUCAAUAAAAAUACAAGUAUAUUAUUGUCAAGUAAUGUCCAAGAUAAGGAAUCAUGGAGAAUAUCCAAUACAGGAAAAAAUUUUUAGUUUCCAUAUUAAAAUUUGUCAUAAAAGUAAUUUAGCAAGUGUUAAAGAGAAAAUCUUCUGUGGCAAGUGGAAAUACUAUGAAUACUUUGUAACAAAAUCCAGACAUUUCAUUUUCAAAUAAGUUUUGAGAAAUUUGCUGGUGGAAGGAUUUUCCGUCUUCAACAUUGAUCUUUUGUCAGGAACUAUGAAAAACAGACAUAAGUCCUUUUGUUAGUUUUCACCAACUUUAAAAUUUUGUUGUAUAGUUUUGCUAUGUAGCCUUUUCAGUAUUGUUUUGGAAACUUGUAUUUAUGAUUUUGUCAACAAUACAGAAAAUUUCUUUAGAAUAGUGAACAUUGAGUGUAAUUGACGAAGUAGUGUAGGCUUAAGCAAUAAGGAAGAAAUCUGGAAACUACAUAAGGGAAAAAAUGAAAGGAGCAAGAAUAUAAAAUAAUAACUCUUUCAAAAUACUGUGAUUGAAUGUAACGGGUACACGUGCACAUAAGAAAGAGUAAAGCAGCCAGGAAAACUUGUUUCAUAACAAACCCAUCAUUUAUACUUAGCUGUCACAUCAGUUUCCAAAUGUCUAGACUGCAUUUUUUUUGGUCAGAUGGAUAGAAAAGUAAAGAAAGCUACUGGGCCAGUACCACCCAGAACCCUCCAGUACCCCUUUUUUUUUUCGUACCUGUCAAGUUUGCAAUAGCUGGGCUGUUUCUGCUGUGUAGAAUUACCAAGGUUAAUCCCAUUAUUCAGAGAUUAUCCACAAUAUUUUGUAAAUUUUGAUUACCCUCACCUUUACCGUUAGAUAGAGGGUUUGAUUUUGUGAGGUUUAUACCUUCACCAGUUUGAAUACUAGGUUCUCCUUUAAUUUGUAAUUUUUCUUCUUGUAAUUGGAGCGAACAAAUUUUGCAGCCAUCAUUGAUUAUUUAUAUUUGUUUAUGCAGUUAAAUUUCAUUUCCUUUUGCUCAGGCUAGUGUGUUUGGCAUUAGUAUUACAAGAAAUUUGGUGUUAGUAGCAUUACAUUAGGGUUUGGUCUGUGCCAUUAACUGGUGAAGUCAUUAGGUAGUACCUAGUUAAUACUAAACAGUAUCUUUGGUAUUGCUAUUUACUCAUUGUAUUUGAAAGCAAAGGUAAGAAUUUUUAUUAUGAAAGUCAGUCAGUUUUUUUUUUAUUUAUUAUCUUAACCUAUUUCAUGUUAGUUAUUAAUUUUGUUACCUCAGAGUAAGCAUUUUGUGUAUUUAACUGUAUACACUUUAUCUUGCUUUUGUUAUUUUUUAAUUGUUUUUGGAAUAAUUUAUUACAAAGUUGACUUUAUGCUUAUUUUCCUUGAAAUGUGGCUUAGCCUUUACAGAUUGUAAUGUAGUUUUUACUUGUCUAGACAUGUUUGAUAUUAAUAGCUGUUUUUAUAAUUCGCUAAAUUUUUUAAUGUCAGUCUACACCAUUUGUACAAUUAGACUACUCUUGCAAAAACUGGUUUCCCACCUGUACAAGAAGAAACCCAAGGGGUUUUUCACUAAUAUUUCUGUUGUAUAUGCUGCUUAUUCUUUGGCGAUGUCAUUCCUGGUAGCAUUGCCUCCAGAAGCGAUAAUUAGGGAUAUUCUGCAUUUAUAACUUGUUUCUUCUGAGUCUUCAGUUGCAGUUGAAGGAAUAGCUGUUUAUUCCCUCGCAUGAUUUGAUGCAUCAGUAUCUUUGGCAAAUGAUUUCUGUGGCUAACCUUGCUCUAAACUAGAAGAUAUUCCCUAUCCCAUUCACAGGCACCACUUUUCUCCUCUCCACCUUUAAUAUCAGUGAUUAGGGAAGAACAAAGUUUCUUCACUUGGUUAUGGAAUUCUUCACCUGCAGUAUAGUACAAGGUAUCAGUUUGACCUUGAUUCAUCUUGUUGCCCUCUUAAUACCUGCUUCAUGGGCCAGAGUGCAUAUAAUCUAAUAGAAGUGCUCUUUUGCUUGUAUAUAUGGGUGUGAAAAGUCCUUAUUCCUUGCAUACUUAGCAAUACUCAGCACCUCAUAUGACAUCUGUUACAUGUAUCCCCAAUACAAAUUGCCCAUCAGCAGAUAGUGCCAGCUUCCAUAUUUAGCCAUUAAUUAUUAUAAAUAAGGUUUACCAUGUACAUGCUCGUGAAACAUGCAUAUGCUUUUCUAGAACUUGUGGAACAUCUCCAGCUGUUAACAUAACUGUUCAUCAUGUAGUGUAGAUAGGUUUUAUUUAGAUGCAAAUGAUAAUCUGUUUAGUAGUGACAACUUCCCAGUAAUUAUUUUAUAUUAACAGAGAAGCCUUGAAUACUUCAAGAAAUAUUCCCCCCCUUUGGUUAAAAAAAAAAAAUCAUGACAUUAAUAACUAACAGAUUCUUUACCAAUCCCAAUCUCUUCCACAUGCGUUAAAAUCUGUAUCAAUUAUAUCUUUUAUCAAUAGAUGAUUCGAUAAGUUGAAAUGUAAAUACAUUUCUUAAAAACACUGCCAAAACUCGUGGUAAUAACCUUUGAAAUAAGUUUAUGUAAAAUAGAAUAUGUAGUAAUAAACCUUGAAGUAAAUUUAGAAUGUGAAAGGGUGUCUGUAUAAUUCUGAAAACAGGUUACCAAAGGCAGAAUGAUUUGUUUAACAAUAUUCCCAAUACUUAAGAAGUCUGUAAAAUAUUAGUGGCUAUUCAAUAUGAAUUUUAAAAAAUAGUGAUAAAAAAAGCUGUACCCCUGAAUUUAGAAAUAAUGAAUAUUUAAUCUGACAAUAUAUUUCCCACAAGAGUUUGAAUAUGCUUUAAACUGCUUUUAUUAGUUCUUUCCUUUGUAGAAGUGUUUAAUUUGAAAUGGGUAAUGGCUCCAUUUGCAGAUUCUUACCUGUUACAAUAUAAUCAUUUACAGGGUAGUAUUUCUGCCAGGCCAUUUAUGCAAAUUGUUAAAAUAGUCAGUAAAUACCUGGCAUACUUAGGGCUGUUGUAAGUUUCUAAAUCUCAGAUUGCAUCCACACAUUAUAAAUCAACACUAAUCUCUCACAUUUCCUGGUCCAUAUUUGUAAAGGGUUAAGGUGUUAGCAAGUUUUUGGCCCUAUCUGUCGAGGUAAUCAAUAACAGAACAGUUCUAAUGCCAGGUCAUCAAACCAAGCUUUCAUAUAUCAAUCCACUGCAGAUAUACCAUAAAAAUUAUAUGACAGUGGUUUUUGGGAUUACUUUUCAACUUUUGUACAUAAUUUCUAGGUGAUAAGAUAAGUCAAGUUUAUUCCAUAUUCGUAGCACUCAGGCUUACUAAUACCAAUCAGAAAUAAUUGUUUGUUUAGGAACUUUACUCAUUGAUACUCUAUGUACUUUUGCAGUUAAUAACACAAUAGAACUACUGACAUAAAAAUGCUAAAUUUCACAAUUUAUUAUACAUCAUCAGAUCGUCGUCAUUUAAAAAAAAAAUGCCAAGCCAUACCUUUCUAAGGUAGACAGAAGGGCCCAAGCAGUUGGCUUUCAAUUCUCCAUUAUCAGAAACAGAUCCUGAUAAGAAUCUCCAAUAUGGAAUAUUUAAGGAGACUUUAAUACAUUGAAUAAGAUUUAAACUUGAGAACAAACCUUUUUGGAGAGUCAUAUAAGUUAAGAAUUUAAAUCCUGUUUCAUUAAAAUGAUAAUAGGAGUUUAAUUCUCCAUUGUUUUAUAAGAAUGUUAAAUGGGUGGAUAAUUAUAUUAAGUUGAGAAUAAAAAAUACUGUUAUAUCCUUUCAUCUGUCAGUGAAAGUUUUAUAUUUAAUAUGUCAGAUAUGAAUCAGCUUUAAAGAAAAUUGAACUUGUUCAUAAGGAGACACUUAGAAUCUGUUUUUUAGCUUUUAGAUCAAUCCACUUGUCAAUCAGCACUGUGUUAAGUAUUGAAAGCAAAUCCUUUGAAGGAAUUCUGUCUGUUUUAACCAUUUUCAGUAAAUUAUUAAAUUUGCAAGGAGUUUUGAUAUGAUAAAUAAGAUCCAGUACAGACGAUCAUUAUCAACAAACAUUUUGUACCAGCCCUGAGAUACAUGAAAAAUUGACUGAGGUGACGAAGGCUCAGAGAAGAAUUAAGUAGCAGCAUAUCCAGACCACUUGAGUAGAAAUCCUCAGCUCAUCAGGCCAGUGAAGCGCAGUGGGAGUAUUAAAAAAUGUAAUCACAGUAACAUUGACAAAAAUCUGAUUGAAAGACAGCAAUAAUGUAUAGCUGCAUAAAAGUAGGUUAGGAUUUAUGAGAGUUUGAGUAUGGAGAGGCUGGGUUGGAUAUUUUGGGCUCCAGUACCACACGAACCCCAACUAUCACUGACUAGCUUUAAAAUUAUAUCAUUUUAUAACCAUUUAGAGCUGUUUGGUCACACUCCAGGACCCUACAAGAGCAUUGCCUUGCAGUCAUCUGGUUUUAUCAGAAAUGAAUUUGGGAUCAGCACCAGAGCAGUUGGGAUUUAAUGAAAACAAAAGAAGAGGUAACUGGUGCAAGAGAAUUUCUUGUGUUUUUUAUUAGUCAUCAGACAACCUCAGUAACCUUUCAGUAUCUGUUUUUAAGCUCCUUUCAUUAUUGUAGAAAAAACCUGCUUUAUUUUCUCUGCUGAAGUUUGGAUAGUCUGACAUGUAAGGGCAGCCGUAUGAACUUAAGUCAUUGUUUGCUUUAGGCUAAAUUAGGUGUCUUAUAAUGAAUACAAGUGUCAGCAGCAAAGGUUUUGUAAUUCCUUUGCUUUUCAGUCAUUUGAGAUAAUUUCCUCAUAUAAAGGUAAUUUCCUCACAGAUAAAGGUACCUGUAGCAUAAACUUACAAAGUAUUGUACUGUAUGUUUAAUAUUUGAUAUGUGAAUAAGUACUUAUUGCAUGGAAAGGAAUGAUUUGUAACAUGGUUUCUUCUUCCUGUUGUAUAUUUAUAAACCUUCUCCAUAUCUUUUGUAAAAAUACAAUCGUAGAACCUAACUUUGACCACUGAACAGCUUACCGUAGUAUUUUUAUGCAGAAUAUGAAGUUAGCAUGUGACUUUUAUGGGAUAUUUCAUGUAAAAUAUAGUUGCAAGAUGGCAUCAAGUUUUCAUUUCAUACAUGCCUCAGUGCAGACAUAAAAUCAUAAAAUCUUGUAUACAAUUUGGCUAUACAGUACUGGUAUUCCAUUAUAGUGUCUUGUGGUUGUUUUAUUGAAAAGUAGUUUUUCUUUAACAUUGUAGUUAGUGUCAGUUGUUUGAAAUAUAAACAUCACUGUGCUUCUUAAUGUUUACAUCUUCUUAAUGUUUUAUUUUGUUAAAAUUGGUACCUGUACUGUGUAAAUUUAAAGCUGCCAGUUUCUCAGAGUACAUCAUCCCUCAAUUUUAAAAUGCAUUUCAAGCUUAAUGAUUGCUCAAUAUAUCCUUGUGGAAGGAUUGCACCCUUUUUGGAGUAUGAGUGAAGUUUUCACAAAGUGUACAGUGAUUUAUGCUGAGAUCUCCAAAGCAUAGCAUUUUUGGUAACUGAUAGUACUGUCAAAGUAACCAUAAUUUUUACUAGAAUGUUAAUUUCUGUUAGUAAAAAGUAGAUGAGAUCUAUCAAGAUAGGCAUGCUGUCAGGUUUCAGACUUGCCUACAUUCAUUCUUGCACCAUGAAGGCUUUCAGUUCCUCUUCUCUCAAGCAGUCAUGGCAGAAAAAGUAAUAUGAUAUUCUGUUUAAGAUGAAGCUUCUAGCUAAGUGUUAAAUGUUCAGUAGUAAAGUACUUAAUUCAUAUGGAGGACUCUGUAACCAAACUGAGUCUUUGAGUGAUGCUAGCAGAUGUUUGUAUGUCUACAAUAAAUAUUUAGAAACCAUUUAUAGAAAAUUGACUACUGUGUAAGUGUGGUGCAAAUCAUAUAUAAAGUAGAGAUCCUCCUAGUUGGAUGACAUCUUUUUUCCAGAUGGUAGUUUGGUAUGUGUGCCAUGGUGAAGAUAGGUUUUUGGACUAGUGAUUGUAGAGUAUACCAAUCUACUAAGCGAACUUGAUAUGUACGUGUUCAGAUGAUAUUGUUUUUGGAAGAUAAAGAUCAUGGGGUAGUAAGCACCCAGUUUUUAAGUGUUAGAGGCAUCACAGUUACAAGGAAUUUACAAAAAUAAUUACAGCUGUAGUCUUUAAUGUCGGUACUUCUCAUGACCAACUAUUACAACUAAUAUAUUACCUCACAGCUAAUCAGUUGGUGUUCGUUGCCAGUAGAAAAUGUGUUGAAGAAAAGAAUGUGCAAUCAGUUCCGUAUAAAAGAGUGGCAUUUUCUCUCUCUCUCUCUCUCUCUCUCUCUCUCUCUCUCUCUCUCCUUCCUCUCUCUCUCUAUUUUUUUUUCAAAUUCUUUGUAAUUGACAUUGGUUCACUUAUCAGUUAAUCUAAUGAUGUUUACUAAUCAUAACUUUGGGUUUUUUGUGCUGUUCAUAGUCUGUGAGUAGACUGUAUUUUACUACACAUUGAUAACUGAAAUAGAAUUUUUGCUUUUUUCUCGUCUUGCAAAAGGUUUACGCUAGAAUUAGUGAGGAUUUUCAAGUAUGUACUGUACUCUUAUUGUUUUAAUGAGAAGCCUCCCCUGUGUUUUAAUGUGCUUUUUUUUAUUUGGUCCUCAAAUUCUUCAGAAUGUUGAACAGUUACUAUUUGUGAAAAUAUUUUUCAUGUCCCUUAUAUCCAAUUUUUGCUUCAUUUUAAACUGAAUAACUAUAGGCAGUCCCCGGGUUACGACGUUCCGAGGUUACGACGCUUUUCAAUUAUAUUCAUCAGAAAUUAUUUCCAGGGUUACGACGCAUGCUUCAGAGUUACGACGCCUACAAACGCUGAUCUGGCAGAUGAAAUAUGACACCAAAAAUGCAAAAUAAUCAAUAUUUAAAGGUUUUUUGAUGAAAAAUGCUAUAAAAAUGCAGUUUACAUAGUUUUGAAUGCACCCAAAGCAUUAAAAGUAAGGUUUUCUUAGGAUUUUUUAUGAUGUUCCGGCUUACGACGAUUUUCGGCUUACGACGGGUCUCAAGAAACGGAACCUCCGUCGUAACCCGGGGACUGCCUGUAUUUAUUAUAUUUAAUGCUUGAAAUGUCAAAUUAUUUGGUUGACUAAAUCAUCAUGAAACUAUCAAGGUUUGUUAUUAUUUUCUAGAUUGAAUUUAGUAUAGCAUUUUAUUUCUGCUCUACUUUGUCAAAACACAAACAUUUUCCCUAAUAGACAUGAUUGUAGUUGAGGAUCAUCUACUUUAAAGAAAAAACGAGAAUACGAAAUCAAGACUGUAGUCUCUGUGGAUGUUCAAUUUAUAUUAGUGCACAUAUGCUGGCUACCACACUGUAGGGUUUUAUUCAAAAUGAAAAACGUGUUUUCUCUCUCUCUCUCUCUCUCUCUCUCUCUCUCUCUCUCUCUCUCUCUCUCUCUCUCUCUCUCUCUCUCUCUCUCUUUGAGCACCUAUUUUUGGUGUUUUGCGAGUGUACUGAGGAUGAGUGGCCAUAUUUAUAUUUACGUAUUUAUUCAGUUUGCUGCAGUUGACUUAUUUUGUAUGUAUGCAAAAGAAAAUUCUGUAUUCGUAUGGCAUUCAUGGAUCUCUACUUAUAGUAUCCUGGAAUAAAAAAAUUACCUUAUUCUGAUUACAUGUCUCAGUGAUUGGUAGCAGAUCAAAGCAAUUUAAAAGAUUGAGAAUCACAUUUAUGAACUUAGAUUUUAUGAUAAAAGUAGGUUGUGAUUUCUGUGUUACAGUUGCUGUUGAUAUUUUUGUAUACAAAAGUAUUUACAAAAUGGUCUUAAUCCAAUAUUUUAUUAUAUGAAAAUUAAUCAUGAAUUUGAUUAAUCUUGGAAGUACAAAUUCUAAGAAUUACAGUUUGCUUCCAUCCCUUUUCUUUCUUAUGGAUUAGUCAUCGGCAGUUUAUUUUGUAAAUUGUCAUUCUGGGUGUGUGGUAAUAGCCUUGGGUAAUUAUUAGGCUGACUUACUCAGACAUUCUUCAAGAUAUUCAUGGCUCAUGCAAUGAUAUCAGUUGAAGGUAUGGAGGAUGUUCAUGAAAUGAAGGAAAGCUUUCUAACAGGAAGAUUGCAUGUGUAGAUUGUAUGUGAGAGCUAAUUAAAUAAACUGUUAAUGUUA